CCAUCCCUACCACCUUCACCAUCACCAUCCCUACCACCUUCGCCAUCACCAUCCUCAGCAUGAUGAUCAUCUCCAUUGCCAUCCCUAUCACCUUCACCAUCACCAUCCUCAUUGUGA